UGGUAGGGGGUAAAGGCAGGAUUUAGGACACAGGACAGAUCAGUGUGUGUGUGUGUGUGUGUUUCAUGCUCUGCAGUGGAGGAAGGCAGAGGAAUAUCUGUGUGCAGAAGAGCACCAGGGAUUAUUUUUGGCAGAUGAGGAGGGUUUCUAUUUCUGUUCUUUGCCUUUGACUCAGGAAGCAGUCAGUGUGUGAUGGGAGAAAGAGAAAAGAAACAGUGUGUGAGCCAUAAACCAGUGUGAGAGUCAUCUGAGUAAAAGAGUGUCAGGACAUGGCAGUGCCUUUACCUCCUUGUGUCAUUGAUUAUGGGACUGGCUACACGAAGAUCGGUUAUGCUGGAAACACCGAGCCGCAGUUUAUCAUGCCAUCCUGCAUUGCGAUCAGAGAGACAGCUGGAGUUGGAGACCAGGCUCAGAGACGCCUCAUGAAGGGAGUGGAUGAUCUGGAUUUCUUCAUUGGUGAUGAAGCGAUCGACAAACCCAACUACGCAACCAAGUGGCCCAUCAGGCAUGGUAUCAUUGAGGACUGGGAUCUGAUGGAGAAGUUUAUGGAGCAGGUCAUUUUUAAAUACCUCCGAGCUGAGCCAGAAGAUCACAACUUCCUGGUGACCGAGCCUCCGCUGAACACACCAGAGAAUAGAGAAUGUUUAGCUGAGAUCAUGUUCGAAACAUUCAACAUUCCAGGCCUUUACAUCGCUGUCCAGGCCGUUCUGGCUCUGGCAGCCUCCUGGACGUCGAGGCAGGUUGGAGAACGAACGCUAACAGGAAUCGUCAUUGACAGUGGAGAUGGAGUCACGCAUGCGAUACCUGUGGCAGAGGGCUACGUGAUUGGGAGCUGUAUAAAGCACAUCCCUAUAGCGGGCCGAGACAUCACCUACUUCAUCCAGCAGCUCCUCAGAGAGAGAGAGGUCGGGAUUCCUCCUGAACAGUCGCUGGAGACCGCAAAGGCAGUCAAGGAGCGCUACUGCUACAUCUGCCCAGAUAUCGUAAAAGAGUUCACGAAGUACGACACCGACCCAGGAAAAUGGAUAAAGAAAUACAAAGGCAUCAACGCCAUCAGCAAAAAUGAGUUUCAUAUAGAUGUGGGAUAUGAACGCUUCCUUGGACCAGAGAUUUUCUUCCAUCCAGAGUUUGCCAACCCGGACUUCAUGGAGCCCAUUUCAGAUGUUGUAGAUGAGGUCAUUCAAAGCUGUCCGAUAGACGUGAGACGACCUCUUUACAAGAAUAUAGUGCUCUCUGGAGGAUCCACUAUGUUCAGGGACUUUGGUCGACGGCUACAAAGGGAUCUGAAGCGUGCAGUUGAUGCCAGACUCCGUCUCAGUGAGGAGCUGAGUGGAGGCAGGAUAAAGCCUAAACCAAUCGAGGUACAGGUGAUCACACAUCAUAUGCAGAGAUACGCUGUCUGGUUUGGAGGGUCCAUGUUGGCCUCAACGCCUGAGUUCUUCCAUGUAUGUCACACAAAGAAAGACUACGAAGAGCACGGUCCCAGUAUCUGUCGCCAUAAUCCAGUGUUCGGGAUCAUGUCCUAACGUUGGACGGUUACUAUAGAUGCAGUCCUGGAUUCAGUGUUAUGAUCAUCACUCUACCACUACAAAAGCAAAAAUUAUUUAGCAUGAGCUCAAAAAGGGAAUAUGGAACAAACAGAGAUUUCAUGUUAAUGACUGAAGCUCAAGAUAAGAAGCUACGGCUUCUUCAGAGUCUUGUACUUAUACAGCACAAAAACAGCAUCAGCAUCAGAAACACACAUCUCCAUCCAAGAGAGGCUGUACACGGUUGACUAUUUUAUUUACAUAAAUGUUACUUUUGUGUGAUCGGAAAUUUUCAGGAUGAUUUUAUGCAAACACUUUGCACAUGGCUUGAAGGUUGUUGUGAACACAGUGCACAUACACACGUAUAGACACUUCUGUAUUAUGUGACUAUUUGAAAAUGAGUUUAUAUUUGUAAUAGAGAUAAUAGUUUAUGAGGCAGGGACAGGAUAAAUAUUCACAUUAAAUAUUGCAUAGGUUUGAAAUAAUAUAUUCUUAAGGGGAGAAAAGAGGGUCUGGAUGGAAAAAGGGUAUUUAAACAGAGCUUAUUUAACUAUUUCUGUACAUUUAGAAAUGUAUAAGCAAUAUAAUUAAGCCUGUUUUUAAUUUUUUUUUAGUUGAACAGUGUCCUAUAUAGAAGUAAUAUGGAUCUGAAGGAGAACUCUGCUAUUCAAACCAGAAUGACAAUCUUUAAAACUACAAAAUUGAUCUGUCUCUGAAUAUUGCUUCUCUCUCUCUCUCUCUCUCUCUCUCUCUCACACACACCCAUCAGAUACCUUCUCCUGUAAUGAUUUUCUGUACAGAACCCUGACCAUCAGUGGUUAUGGUGGAUCAUGUGGUUAAGGCUUUGGCGCCAGAGCAGAAGAGCCUCAAACACACAUAUCUACGUUAUUUUAGGAUAUUGAUAUUCUCAUGCACUGCUGUCAUUAUGAUCUCAGAAGAUGAGGCGUAACCUUCUUAUACAAUGGACAGUAACCCACUAUUACCAACAGCAUCGUGUCAGUAAAUAUAUAUUGUCUAGACUGGGGGCUUAUUGGAAAGGAAACAGGAAUAAAGUCAUUCAAAUGAACCAAA